GGCUGGCUGAAAUCAAGCUGAAUCUUCUCAAUUUUAUUGACAUCGAGCGAAAGCGGGAGCGCAAACUCGACCGAGCUCUCCCACAGACCGCCCAAUGAGUGUGUUGAAACAGCGAAUAUUGCGCUAAACCGUCUGUUUUCAUGGAGGGAUCACUGAAUAGCUGCAGCUCGGGACCCGACGCGGUGACCUGGUGUUCAUCUGAUACACUCACGGCCGACCCAGACAUUGCCGGCAUUGGGGUCAUUAGUUCUUUUAUCGCCUCUUCAUGUCUGGCCAUCAUCAGCACAUGCCUCUACCUCGUGCUCAUCCGCUCCGGCCUCCUUCCGGACGGGAGUUUCGACCCGGCGGCCUGGCAGGCGCGCAACUUCCCUCCCAAUGAGACUUUCAACCCGAUCGACCGCUGGGUGCGCCAACACAUCUGCACCCCGUUCGUCCGUUCCAUCCUCAAGCGGAAGUGGAUCGACCACGCCCGCCUCAACAAGCUCCGGCGCGCGCUCUUCGCCUUUGUCCUGUCGCUCGCCGACAUGCAGCUGGUCGCGGGCAUCGCCAUGCUCACCGCCGCCGUCAUCAAGCUGCACCACGACAGCAUCUCGGUGUACCACUUCAGUAUGGUGACAAACCUAGCUUGGUUCAGCAGCAACGUGCAUCUGCUUGCUCUGUUGGCGAUCCGGACGGAGCUGAUUGGGAGUUUGAAGAUUGGCCGCCGCUGGUUACCGCCCCCGCAAAAGGAUAUGUCGGUGUGGGGGAGGGCAAGAUCGGCAUUUAGCUGGGGAGGAGAUAUUAUGGCACGGGUCAUCUGUAUGCUUACCCUGGCCGCGUUGCUAUUGUACUGUUCGUAUGUGUCUGGGGCCGAUGGGUGGAACGACAACUACCACUGUCCCGCUGCCUGUGCAAAGGGGAGGGAGAAGGGAGGCGAGCCACUCGCAUGGAUGGUGGUCAAUUUCGCUUUGGUGCUGCUGACGUAUCCGGAGAGAUGUCUAGCCUUAUGGCCGGCGGUGGGAGCAUGGUGGAUCGACCGGGCGAGGCAUCGGAUUGUUGACAACAAAGGCCUGGCGAAACCAGACAGAGACCGGGAGAUACGGCCAUGGCGGAAGGUAUUUGCCUGGUUCUGGUAUGUCGGGUCCUCCGAAACCAUAAGUAUCGCCGUGGAUGGGUUUCUAUGGUUCGCCCUGGGCGUGUAUUGGACUUUUGACGACAGGAACAGCGUCCACAACGAGUGGAAAGACUACACGGAUAUUGGAAAGGAGAAUGAUGUGGAAGGAUUUGGGCAGUUGGUGCCUCUUCUACUCCUGGGACUUCCGUUCUUGCAGGUCCUUGAGAUGUACAGCGGACAAUCGAGACAGGUACAACGCGAGGAGCAGGAGGAAAACGAGUUGCGGGCAUUAGCAAGGACACGGCUGAACAUCAGGAAGAUGCGACAAAAGCACAAAAGAAAUGCUACUAGGCCGGGGUGCCCACCCAACUACCGCCUAGUCCAUCGCCACCGUGCUCGUAUGAUUGCUCGUUGAGCCAUCUAGUCCACAUGAUGCGGGAGAGCGGGACUGCCUGGACCACUUCGGGGGGAGAAGGGUGCCAUAACGGCUUUGGCAUGGUCUCACCUGGACUCUCGUUUCAAUGGCCUAUCCUCUUGGUUGUUCUUCAGCUAUUCUUCAGCUAUACGCCCCGCGUUUUUCUAUCUCUUCAAACAAAUCGUGGUUGGACCAGGGCACAGGCAGUACUAGUGGUGCGCAUUAUCUAACGACCAACGACCCUCGAAGACUAAGGUACCUACGUGAUAUGCAAACGCUGGUGAAAAAGAGAAUA